AUGGAUAGAAGUAGAGAGGCUGGAGAGCAGGGGGGAGUUGCUGGUGGAGGAGUGGGGACUCACCAACCAGCCAACCCUACGCUACCCUCAAAUUCUACACCACCUCCUACAACCGUGGAUCCUGUGAAGGCUUUCUCUAUUGAGAAAUUCAUGGGGGAGGACUACGAGCACUGGAGUUUCCGCAUGAGGCUGAUGUAUACCCAAUACAAGCUAUUGGAUUUGGUGGAGGGGAAGGAGAAGAUGCCGGAGGCCACGGAGCUGAAAGGAGCGUGGAUAAAGCGAUCGUUCGACGCGUACAUGCUCAUGGUGCAAGCGGUUGGCGGACGACAACUUGACCACAUCAAGGACCUCUUGGGUGAUCCAGAGUGUGGCCCCAAGGCUUGGAGGAAGCUUCUGGAUGUGCACUCACCGACACAUGCUACCGGCAUUGUGCUACUCGCGCGGCGGCUGCGCGACAUCAAGUUCGUUGAUGGAGAGCUCGUGCAAGGCGGCGGUGUGGUGUACCCGGAGCUCGUGCAAUGCGUUGAGAUCGUGAUACGGCUCCCGGAGUCAUGGUCUGCCCUUGCGAUCAACCUCAUCUCUCAACAGCCCCAGUGGAGCGUAGAUUACAUUCGCGUAUGCAUCCUAGAGGAGGACCUGCGGCGGCGGAGUGUGGAGCGCUCGGAGGAGGGGGCUGGCUAUGGAGUUGGAGGUGGAAAUAGUGGCUUCAAGAAGAAGUGGAAGGGCAAGAACAAGGACUACCCUAAGGAGGAUGGCGACGGGGGUCAAGGGGAGGUGUGCUUCUACUGCAAGAAGCGCGGACACCGUUGGCGGAAGUGCUACCAACGACCCAAGGAUUGGACCCCGCCUUCAUCAAGCAACCAGCGUGGCGGCACGAGGAGUGGGGGAGUCAUGGGAGCUAGUGGAGAGGAGAAGGAGGAGGAGAAAGGCGGCAAAUCUGAGGAGCGGAAGGCCGGGUUCUUCUUCUUCGUGAACGAAGGCGCAACCGACCUCGCUAUGGCUGCCAAGGUGUGA